ACCCCAGCUUCCAUUUUGUUGCAAAUCAGACAGUCGAGAGGGAAUAGAGAUAUACACACAUUUCUAGAUAUAGAAAUUUCUACAUUCAGAGAGUUCAGACGUCAAUUCAACAAUCUCUGACAAAGGGUUUUUACCAACUAAGCCUGAGGAAGUCGAUCGGCUUUGAGCAUAUUCGUGCGCUGAAGUGAAUUGAUGUUCUACUCGGCUUCACGGGAAAACGACGCUCAUUGGCACAUGACAACUCCAGAUCUUGCUGGACCUAAAAGUGCAGCGAGAAGUAGACCGAAGACUAUUUCGAGGACCUGGAGCCCAAUUGGAAAGGAGAAAUUAAGAAGGAAGCAUCUCUGCACAUUCAACUUUCUAAUAACAAAGAGGUGACACAUAGUCUAGGAAGUACAGUAUGGGAGGUGGAGAGAGGUACAACAUUCCAGUGUCCCACCCAGAGCGCCCAUUGCCCAAGAAGAACCAUCAGCUGGGCCGGGCCAAGCAGAGAGUUGUCCGCGAUCAGAAUGGAGUGACAACCGUAGCAUCCUCGGGGGCGGCGCGAGGUCCUCACCAACAUGGCCACCGCAAGGGCGCAGCCUACCCCUGGUUCCCAGAGGCGCGGCUGGCCGCGUCGGCUGAGAAGAUAAACACUUCUGUCCGUUUUGCCAACGCCUACGAUCAGAAUUGGGAGGGCGCUGUGUCCCACCUGAACACACUUCUGGCCGCCCAGUGUGGCGGCCCGAGCUAUGCAGGGGCCAAGUUCAGCGAGCCACCCUCCCCCAGUGUGCUGCCCAAGCCCCCCAGCCACUGGGUCCCCAUGGGUAUGCGUGACAGCAGGGAGAUGAUGGCCUUCCAGCUGAAGAGCCUCCUCAAGGUGCAUGCCUAGAGAUGGACUCUCAUAACCUGACCUUUCAAAGCCAACGUGUGAACGAAGGCUCCUGCCUGCCUUGAACGCCCCAGCGCUGUAAUAUACUUUUGGCUAUUUUAGGUUGAGGUGUUCGAAGGGUGGUAGGCAUGUUGUAGGGAUGUCUCUGCAGCUGUUUGUCACCCUUUUUUCUCUCUUUUUUGAGAAACACAGGUAUUACAGCGCUGCAGCCUUGUUGGUGGGGGAGAAUGCUCUCAUUGGAGUCUGUUUCUGUCACUAACGAUGAACUGGAUAUCAUUCGUAUUUGUGCUCUGUUUUGUUGUUUUUUUUGUUGGCCGUUAUAGCAAGUCUGUGGGCUUUUCUUCCCAAACGGUAAGGUUGGAUACAGUUAGUAAUAACAUGUUAAUGCAGUCUCAUUUACAGUCCAUUUUUGUGGACCGGUAAUUCUUUGGCACGUUAAGUUCUGUUAAUCAUUAAGGAUUUCACCUCUGACAACCUGGUGCUACCUGAAGCACAAUCUACAAUAGUAGCAUUUUCUUUCGUUUGACUUACUGUUUUCCCUCUGGUUUGGGAGGGGGGGGGGGGUGUAAAAAUCCACUGUUCUGCAGGGAAACCAGAGCUAUCUUUCAGGAGGGAAUCCGCUGUAGUAGUGAGUACAGGUCACAAGUAUAACCUCAAACUGAAGUGUAGAGGCCAUGGCACACAGGCCUUGGACGUUCAACUCCUGUACUUUUUUAUUGCGCUGUGCGCUCUGCACUAUGGCAGUUGUUCUGGUCCAAGGCCUGCAGCUCUAUCAUACAAUUAUUUUGUCUAUUUGUGAUGUGGUUAUUAAUCAAUGAGUCAGUUUUGUCUUAACCAAACGAAUGUCUUUUGCUGUCAUUUUUUUCACCAUCUCUCCCUUGUAUGUCUGACGUGGUUACCAGUGCCAUAUCAACCACGUUGGCUUGCGUGGCACAGAGAAUUUGGUCCUCUGGGUCACUUUUUUUCCCCCAACGCAAUCAGUACUGCUAUUAGCCACUUUCAAACUAUCUCGUUCCCUACCGAAACCCCACACAGUAAACAAUGCAGAGGCGGGCCAGAUUCAACAGGAACGUGGAACUAAGUUUCACAACCUCAAUCUCCUGUGCCAUGGCCCUGUUUGCUGUGUGGCAGUUUCUUACGAGGAAGUGCAACGUUGAGAGACGUGCGUGGCACAGAGGACGUUCGGCGCAAGGCCCGUGUGGAUCUGUUUACAUUUAAAGUCUCCAGCAGCAAUCUCCAGAUACUCACUGCUUUUGGCACCCUACUCUUCUUGCACUGCAAUCAAUAAUUUUUUUAUCUCCCUCUAGGUUCUAAUUUCAAGGGAGGCAGUCUUUUCUUUUCUUUGCAGAAUGGGAACUGUAAUGGCCAUCUUAGAGACGACAAAACGGAGCUCACAAGCUUGAAAUAAGUUAAAGAAAAAGAGCCAUGUAAAUAAUGAAAUGUGUAAAAAAUACUUGCAGCAUAUGUACAUUUAGCAGUGUGUUUUUAAACCUGCUUGAUAAAGUAUUUUUAGUAAUAACACUGAAUGUAUAAGUCAUGCUAAGGACAUGUCUUGACUUCAAAUACGGAAUAUUUUUGUAAAAAAGAAUCUGCCUAUAGCAUUUGUCAAUACCCCUUCACUGUGUAAUGUCUAAUCUUGCACAUGUUUUUUAUUAUUUUUAUUAUGCACAGUGGAUGGCAAAAAAAUGCAUUGUGCAAAAGAAACUUGGCUUACAUUUGACCCUUUGAGGAGACUUGGAUAUGUAUGAAUUGUUAUAUUAUUUUAGUUUCCAGGUGUGCUACAGCCUGAAGACAGCUGCUGGGGACUGGUUUCCCAGACAGAUUGACCCCAAACCUGGAUUAAAACAACUAUUUCAAUGGAUAGUCUCCAUUUGAAUGUUGUUUUUUCAGGACUACUUAUGAUCUGUCUGGAAAACGUGCCCUGAAUUGAGUUGUUCUACUUGAUUGUGCCUACAUUUUAACCCAACAUUACAAAAUUAUGUUGUUGAUCGACAUUGAUUGAUAUUUUGUGAUUAGGUAAUGUGAUUCAUUGACCAAAAAAUGUUUUAUCUAAAAACCACCUUCAGUUAUCUGCUGUUCUUCUGCCAGAAGAUAAUUGAAUUUGGCCCUAUGUUAUUGUCAACCUGGUUUCAUCUGCCUUUGUUUUGUUCUGUGUGUUUAAAUGCAUUGUCUUUUUUUUUUUAAGAACAUGUGUUCUGUUGGUUUCUGUUAAUGAUUCAUACAUGUAUAAGUCUUUGUCCUAAAUUUGAAACUCAAGUGUUUCUCAACAAAUUGGCUUUUAAUUUGUCCCAUUUUGUUUACUGUCACCAAUGAAUAUGAAAUUAUGCCACAUGUCCAGACUUGAUUGAAUUUGACUUAAAAAAAAAAAAGAACCCAAAGCACUGCUUUUAUUGGUCUAAUCAAAAAGUAAAUCCCAAAAAAUAAAAUCCCUUCCCUUUCCCCCCUA